AUGAUGACAGUCGAAGCCUUCUACGGACGGGGAGGCUAUCUUGGAGCCACUGGAAAGCCUUUCUCGGGGCAGAAGCGCUGUCUGGCUGCUGAGACUUCUCUACAACGACAGGCGCUGCUGAGCACAAGGGCUGCCCACCAGACGGAGAAAGCUUCCCGCGAAGCCGUUUCCAGCGACUCUUCCCACGCAGUCGCGCUGCAAGUCGAGCCUGGAAAGUGCAGCGGCUGCGGAUCGACUUUCCAGAGAGACACUCCCGAGGCUCCUGGCUAUGUGCUGCCUCACCUCGAGCUUGCUGCUGGUGGCACAGGGAAGAAAGUGACAGACGCAGAUGCAUCGUUACCAGCAGCAGCAGCAGUGGCAGCAGGCGCAGUAGCAGAUGCGCACGUGGGCAAUUGCGAAACGUAUCAAGUGGCUCCUGAGGUGUCGCAGAUGGCUGCUGAGUUGGCUGCAACAAGUCCCCAAACAGACGCGCUCGCAGUCGAAAAGGCGUUAAUUGCGCUAGCGCUCCUGAACCCCCACACAACGGAGGCUACGCAAGAAAUGCAGCAGCCAACUGCGGAGUUUCCUGCGAAGCACACGUCUUUGAGGCACCUUCCAGGCCUGAGUGGGAAGCCCUCUGCUUCUAGCGAAGAGCUUUCUCCCGGGUUGUUAUUUGCAGAUGGAGCAGCCGUGCAAGCGACGCAUGCCACUGAAGAGGCCUUUUCACCCCUGGCAAGUGCCUAUGCAUCAUGCACACUGCCUGCCCGUAGGCAGUCAGAGUCUGUGCAAGAUUGGGGGCAGUUGAGCGGAGAAACAGCGAGAGAAAUGCAAGACGCAAAAGCUUCACACUGUAUCUGGGUGUCUGUGGUUUUAUGUGCUGCAGGGGCAGGGGCGGAAGUGGCGAGGGCCUCUGAGGCGGCAGCGCUGACGGCUGCUCUUCGCACAAAGCGGUGUAUCUUCGUGCUCGUUGUCGAUGCGCUGACGCUAGAGCUGCCGACGGAGGUGUUGCGGUGCAUUGACAGCCCAAACCCUCUGUUCAUCGCCGUAAACAAAUCCGACGUUCUGCCUGCAAGGCCCUUACGUCUCAAAGGCAAGGGGCCACGCGCGCGCGUGCAGGACGCCGUGUUGGCGAGUCUCACCAGUGCCUUCGGAUGCCUCGGCAGCAAAAGACGAAGGCUUAGUGCCGCUCCAGUCGGAGGACGUGUUCACUUUGUUAGCAGCAAAAGUGGGGAGGGCAUUGAAUCGCUCUUCAAAGAGGUCUUCGCGGAGGCCGCCCGUCGAAACCGUUCCGUUUACCUCAUUGGGGCUGCCAACUCCGGCAAAAGCUCAAUCUGCAAUUUUCUUCUGCGCCGCUGGGGUGCGAAGGGGCGAGCCAAGGUGCGAGAUGCAGCUGUCGAAAUGCAUGCAUGUGGAUGGUCCUGCAUAAAUAGACGUUUCAUUUGCAUCGACUUACAGACAGACAGACAGAGAGUCACUCCCUGCAAAAGAGCCAGCGCACAAAGAGAACGACCCCCUUUCUUGGGACCCUCUUCAUGUCAUGUUCUUGUAUUGUCGCAUGCAAAACACGGCCAGCUGUGCUCCCCGACCCGCUGCUUCUCUGCCCUUCCCAACCCGCAAGCUACUGGAACCGCCUCUACCUGUCGCGAACCUCCAUCACCAGAAGCAAGCGCGCCAAGGAUGGAGGCGCAAAGGUCCUUGGGAAAAACGGCAGGCCUUUUCUGCCGCCAAAAGGCCAAGUGCGCGCAUGCAAGAACGAGCCGCAACCCGGCAAGAGGCGCGUCGCACAGCCCCUCUGAGGCGCUUGCCGCCUUUUGCUGUGCCCCCUAA